GCUCCGUUUGCUGGACGGCCAGACAGAACCACCCGCCGAACAGACAGGAACCGCCCACCGGACACACCAUGGCGGACAGCACCCCACAGCUGAAGCGCAAGAGGGAGGGCGCCGACGCCCAGCGCAAGAAGGCGAAGACGCAGCCGAAGAAGCCAGACGCCGGCGCGGCCCACGACGCGGAAGUCGCUGCACCCAAAUCGACGCCCAAGUCCAAGCAGACGCCCAAGCCGGCCCCGAAAGCGAAGGACGCGCCCGCGAAGGCGAAGAAACAGAAAGGCGCGGCCGACUGGGCUGUCUCGCCUGCCCAGGGCGGCUGGUUCCUGGCCCGCGACCCGGUCUUCUCGGCGGAUGAGAAGUUCGUCUUGCUGGCCACGCAGAAGGCGCUCGAGAUCUACGUCGCCGAGUCGUCGCUGCUGGCCUACAAGCUGCCAUUGAGCGGCGCGGGCGAGGUCACGGCAUAUGCCCUGUCGGCCACCGACCCCAACCGCGUCUACGUCGCCGAGUCCACCGGGCUGAUCACACUGUGGGACUGGGUGUCCAGGCGCAAGCUCGGCCGCUGGGACAUUGGCGCUACGGUGCGCAACAUGGCCGUGGUCACCCACUCGGACGAGGACCUCGUCUACUGCCACGAGCCGGGCAAGAGCCACAUCGUCAAUGUCCACGCCCUGCGCACCGGCGCCCAGGCCUCGACCACUGAGCUCAAGCCCAUCCUGAAGACCAGCGCCAACAUCCUGGACAUACAGGUCUUGCUGCAGGGCAAGUUCGUCGUCGUGGCCUGCGGCGACUCGCUGAUGGUCGGCAAGCGCCAGAAGCAGGCCAAGACGGCGGUGCAGGACUUCGAAUACCUGUGGCGUGAGCUGAAGUUUGCCCAGCGCAUCACCGCCUUCAACGCCUACGUCCGCGACCCCGCCGACGUGGCCGGCACACCCGCGAAGUCUGCCCAGGGCCCGCGAGACGUCAUCGACAUCGCAAUCGGCGACAUCUCGGGCGCCCUCCUCCUGUUCGAGGACAUUCUGGCAAGCUUUGCCUCGAUCGAGACGGUGCAGAAGGCAGGGAAGACCAAGGCAGACAGUGCUGAGAGCCUGAAGCCCAAGAAGCUGCACUGGCACCGGGACGCCGUUGCAUCGGUCAAGUGGUCUUUGGAUGGCAACUAUGUCAUUUCUGGAGGCGAUGAGACCGUCAUCACAAUCUGGCAGCUCGCGACCGGGAAACCGCAGCACUUGCCCCAUCUCACAGCAGCCAUCGAAAACAUCGUAGUCUCGUCCUCGGGCACUUCCUACGCCGUCACUCUGGCAAACAACUCCGUCAUCGUACUGUCCACCAGCGAGCUCGAAGCCAAGACCAACAUCGUCGGCAUCCAGUCUCGCCGAAUCGAGAUCGAGCAGCUCCCCAAGAACGCCGACGCAGAGUCAGCGCCUGCAAACUACGACGUCUUCCAGCCGGUGCCCCUGGCCGUCAACCCGAUGAACCCGUCAGAGGUCAUGUUUACCGUGCCCUCGUCACAGCCGCGUCACCGAACCGAAGGACUGCGCCCCGAGCCUUACUUACAAACGUAUGAUCUUGCAAACCAGCACGCCGCCUCGAAGCAAGCCCUCACUCGAAACAACGCCACCGACCCGAAUCUGACCCCAGAAGGCCGGCGGAUCCUCGAACCCACAGUGACCCUGGCGCAAGUCAGCCACGACGGCGAGUGGCUUGCUACUGUGGACGAAUGGACACCGCCCCAAGCCGACACUUCCUACCUUGACGAGGGCAUUCCCGAGUUCCGGGAAGAGGAGCGUAUCCAUCGCCGUGAGGUGUACCUCAAGAUCUGGCGGAGAGAUGGGCACAGCGGGCAGUGGAAGCUCGAGACCCGUUUAGACGCCCCGCAUUUCUUCAGCGAUAUAUCUGCCAAUGGCAAGGUAUUUGACUUGAUCGCCGACCCCACCGCACCAGGCUUUGCUACAGUCGGAGAGGACCACUUCGUGCGAGUAUGGAGACCGAAGACCAGGCUAAGAGAUGGCUUGGUCGUACGUGGGGCUGAGAAGCAAGGCCUCGUGACUUGGUCGCUCGACUGCUCGGUCGAAAUCAGCGACAAGCUCGAUGUGCUUGAUGCUGGCGCGAAUGCACAACAGACUCUGCCACUACGGAAUUCGCGCUUAGCAUUCUCCGCAGAUGGCUCGGUCAUCGCAGCUGCCAUUUCAUGGGCUUCAGACGAAGACCCGGGCGUUGUCCACCUCAUCAACGCCAACACCACAGUCAUUCAGCGUUCCUUGACCGAGGUCGAUGUUGUUGCACUCAGCGGUCUCGCCAUCCUCGACCAACACCUGAUCGUUGUUGGCGACUCGAUAACAGUCUGGGACAUGGUCCGAGAUCAGCUGCUGUACUGCGUACCCGUCAACACCCCCGGCAUCGACCGAUUCGACCGCAUCCCGCUCGUGAAGCUUGCCGUCAACGAGACUGACAGCACCUUCGCCGUGACACUACCGCGCUUCGAGAACAGCAACGCCCGCUUCCAGCGCGCGUCGUCAACAACCCAGAUCUUCAAGCCCCAACACGCAGGCGCCCUGUGGUCGGCCAAGAACCCCACCAUCACCCUCGCUCUCGCCUCCCGACACAGCGCGAGGGGCUACAUCACCCUCGACUCGGCCGCAAACAUCCGCGUCAUCAGCCCCACCAGCAGCACCGCCCAGCUGCCCACGCCUCCCCCCGAGGACCCCCCCCCGCAACCCACAUAUACCCCCGCCGAGGCCAGCACGGACGCCGAAGACGACGCCGUCCUGGCGCUGCCAUCCAUCGACGCACUCCUGCACAGCGAGGACGUCGACACCGUCGUCGUCAAGCCCGAGCAGCUGCAGCAGCUGUUCGAAGAGAGCGGGCAGAGCCACGCGACGGGCUCGCUGAGCGCGUUGUUGAGCAGCGUUGUUGCGCUGCAUCAGAAGCGUCCCGCUCUGCCGUUGAGAUAGCGCGAAAUAUGAUUCCUUUUCGACUUUACACUCUUGAGACACGAAUGCGCUGCCGUUGAUUGUGAUGUUUUGCGCUUUUUGCUGAUAAAGCUUGUCAUGGGGCCGAUAACGCGGACGGCUAUACUAUGGUAUUGUUGGUAACAGAUAUUCAAUCGACAUGAUCAUCCACAUAUCAACGACUAUACUGCUGUAUGCGAGAGUCGCAGGGAAGAGCUAGAUAAAAACCUG